AUGUUCCAUACCACCGCUGAUUUUGCAAAAAGCUUGUGGUCAGUUCUCUUUAGGGAAAGUGAAGGAGAAGAAACUUACUCUGAAAGUGAAGUCAUCAGAAUUUAUGAAAAAAGUACUUCCCCUGGACUGACCAACAAAAUUCUCCAGAAGUUCGGGUGUAGUUUGGCGGAGAUUCUCACCCAUUCUGCGUAUUUCUACAAGGACAACGAAGAAUGGAAGAUUCACCGAUGCAAUGACAAGUUCGGGCGCCCACUCGAUGAAGAAAAUCGACACAAGAUGUAUGUUCCUGCUCAAAAUUCACUGCCAAUGUCAAUCGUCGAUUUUCAUCACAAUCAUUCCCCCAACUGGAAUGAAGAAGACCGUGAAUUGAUUCCUGGAGAACGGGGCUGGGCUUUACACACUGAACCCAAAUGGACCUCUCGAUAUGACCGAAACGCUGCUCUCGGCCUUCCAAGCAAUGGGAAUCAAGAACGGGGACGCGAAGAUUCUUUUUCCUCGACCUCCAGUGUUACUGUACCACCCGAAGUGUUGGAGAGAUUUGCUAGCAUAGUAAUUUCUUCAAGAUUUGAUGGAAACCAGCCUUCCGCAUCGAAGAGACAACUCCCUGCUUCUCGAGUUGUUUUUGGUGAUGCCAGAGAAGUCCUGAAGACUAACAUCGCAGCCACCGCUCAAAAACUUCCCGUGGGAAAGUUUUCAAUCGACGAUCUGAUUGAGGAAAUUCGGUCCCUUUCGAACGGGGACAAAAAACAAGUUAACGACAUGACUCGAUACUAUUUGUUUAACAUGAACAAAAGGCAAUUUUCCCUCGUCGAUGGAUCCGGAGGAGCCCAAGCCAACAAGUUGUACGAAUAA